ACCACCACUUCACUACGACGUCGUUUUAGUUGCCCAUCUCUUUACCAUUAAUGGAGUUUUACAUGAUUUUGAAUAAUUUUGUCAGCUAAGCGUUGACAGUUGAGAAGCAGAUUCAGUAGUUCAUCUGCUCACCAACACUGAUUAAUUCCUAAUAAAUACCCUUCUUUCUUCAAAUACCCAAUUGGGUUUUUUUGAUUAUUUUUUUUUUUAUACUUUUCAAAGUUUUAAGCUUUUUGGAGUCCGUCAAUGGCUGGAGUUUUAUCAGUUAUAAGACGUAUUUACCUCACACUUUACAAUUGGGUUGUCUUUUUUGGAUGGUUUCAAGUUUUUUAUCUUGCUGUGAAAACUCUGAAAGAAUAUGGGCAUGAACAUGUCUAUGAUGCUGUAGAGAAGCCUUUGCUUUUAGCUCAAACCGCGGCCAUUUUAGAGAUACUUCAUGGUUUAGUGGGUUUGGUAAGAUCGCCAGUAUCAGCAACUCUUCCACAAAUAAGUUCAAGAUUAUAUGUAACCUGGGGUAUUCUAUGGAGUUUCCCUGAGCUUCGGUCUCAUAUUCUUGUUAGUUCUCUAGUGAUUAGCUGGUCUAUAACGGAGAUCAUUCGAUAUUCAUUUUUUGGGACAAAAGAGGCAUUUGGCUCUGCACCUUCGUGGCUCUUGUGGCUAAGGUAUAGUACCUUCUUGUUGCUGUAUCCUAGUGGCAUCACAAGUGAAGUUGGUUUGAUAUAUAGCGCUCUGCCUUACAUCAAGGGAUCGGAUAUGUAUUCUCUUAGGAUGCCAAACAAAUGGAACUUCUCUUUCGAUUACUACUAUGCAGGACUUGUUGCCCUCGGUAUCUAUGUCCCAGGUAGUCCUCACAUGUACCGUUACAUGCUCGGGCAGAGAAAGAAAGCUCUCUCCAAAUCGAAAAAGGAGUAGACUCAAUCGAAAUGUAGCUGUUGGAGAUUGCAAUUUUAAUCUUAAUCUAUGUAUUUUCAACUGUUCAAUUUGUUCUUACUAAUUUAGACAAUGGAACAAUUUGCAUUUCUCUGAUGGAAAUCAAGUGGUUGAAUGAAAAUUUACUUGCAGUUUGCUGA